GUUAGAGUAGAGACCAACACUCUAUUCUUACUUCAUUCUCAGGCAACCAAAGUUUCUUCGUUAAGGGUUUUAGCAGAAGCUUAGGGUUUAGGCAAAGCUACUAUCUGUGUCUCAUUCUCUCCUCGUUAUGGAAGGAGAAAAGGCGGCCGAGCUGCGAAUCCUAGAGGAGUCCGUUCAGGCCAAUCCUGAUGACUUCUCUCUUCAUUUUGAUCUGGGCGUUUUUCUGUGGGAGAACAUGGAGGAGGACAAUAAGGCAGUCAAAUCAUUCAAAGAACAAGCGGCAGAGCACUUCUUAGCCUCCGCCAGACUCAACCCCCAAAACGGCGCCGCAUUCAGAUACUUGGGGCAUUACUAUGGCGGACACUCCCUUGAUCCUCAGAGAGCUAUUAAGUGCUACCAGAGGGCUCUCUCCCUUAAUCCUGACGACUCUCUUUCUGGGGAGCCCUUAUGCGAUUUAUUCGACCGCUUAGGAAAGGAGACCUUAGAGGCAGCCGUCUGCCGUGAUGCUUCUCACAAGUCUCCCAGGGCCUUUUGGGCCUUUCGGAGAUUGGGUUACUUGCAGGUUCAUCAACGUAAAUGGUCAGAAGCUGUGCAGAAUCUUCAGCAUGCCAUUCGAGGUUAUCCUGCUUCUGCUGAUCUCUGGGAGGCUCUUGGCCUUGCCUACAACAGACUAGGCAGGUUUACCGCAGCUAUCAAGUCCUAUGGGAGAGCCAUUGAAUUGGAGCCGAUGAAAGUCUUUGCAUUGGUUGAAAGUGGAAACAUUCAUUUGAUGCUUGGCUCCUUUAAGAAGGGAAUUGAGCAGUUCCGUCAUGCUCUGGAGAUCUCACCUGGAUGCAUAUCUGCAAACUACGGGCUUGCUUCCGGGUUGCUUGGUUGGGCCAAGGAAUGUAUUUAUUUGGGAGCGUUUCAAUGGGGAGCUACAUUGUUAGAGGAAGCAUCUAAAGUUGCCAGAGAAAGUAUGCGCUUAGCUGGAAAUUUAUCGUGUAUUUGGAAACUGCACGGUGAUAUUCAGCUCACAUAUGCUAAAUGUUAUCCCUGGAUGGAAGAGAGCCAGAAUUUAGAACUUAGCGUUAGCGUUGAAGCUUUUAAUGUCUCCAUCAUUUCCUGGAAACAUGUUUGCUGUUUGGCUGCAACUUCUGCUAGACGCUCAUAUCAACGAGCUUUGCUCUUGACCCCGUGGGAAGCUAAUAUCUAUACAGAUAUAGCAAUAAGUUCAGAUAUUAUCCACACUUUCACCAAGUGUUCUGGUCUUGACAUAAAUGCUUGGCAGCCACCAGAGAAGAUGGCCUUGGGGGCCUUGUUACUUGAACCUGAAAAUUAUGAGUUCUGGGUGGCUCUGGGAUGUUUAUCUAAUUUUAAUCCAUUGAAACAACAUUCUUUGAUUCGGGGUUUGCAAUUGGAUGUAUCUCUAGCUGUUGCUUGGUCCUACUUAGGCAAGAUCUAUAGGGGAAUGGAUGAGAAGCAACUGGCAAGGCUUGCUUUUGAUUGUUCCAGAAGCAUAGAUCCUUCACUGGCAUUACCAUGGGCUGGCAUGUCAGCUGAUUUUCAUGCUAGGGAGCCUGCACCAGAUGAAGCUUUUGAGAGUUGUUUACGAGCUGUUCAGACACUUCCUCUUGCAGAAUUCCAAAUCGGUCUCGCAAAGCUUGCUGUAGUUUCAGGGCAUCUUUCAUCUCCACAGGUUUAUGGAGCUAUCAGGCAGGCCGUGCAGCGCGCACCUUACUGUCCUGAGUCCCAUAAUUUAAAAGGGCUGGUUUGUGAGGCACGAUUUGAGUAUCAAAGUGCUGCUACUUCCUAUAGGCUAGCACUCUGUGCGCUCACCAAUCUUUCAACAGGUUUUUCAAAAUCUCAAAUCAGAGAUAUAUCAAUUAAUUUGGCCAGAUCACUUUUUAAGGCAGGGAAUGCUCUUGAUGCUGUAGAGGAAUGUGAAAAGUUAAAGAAAGCAGGAUUGCUUGACGAGGAAGGUCUGCAAAUAUAUGCUUUAUCCCUAUGGAAACUUGGUGAAAGUAAUUUAGCCCUUUCUGUGGCAAAAAAUCUUGCUGCUAAUGUUUCUACUAUGGAGCAUAAUUCUGUUGCUGCCCCUAUCAGUUUAAUCUGCCGGUUGCUUUAUUACAUUUCUGGACUAGACUCAGCUAUCAAUAUUAUUCUUAAAAUGCCAAAGGAGCUGUUUCAGAGUUCAAAAAUCAGCUUUAUAGUGUCUGCCAUUCAUGCUCUUGAUGGAAGUAAUCGACUCGAGUCAGUUGUUUCUAGUAGUCGUAAAUUUGUUAAAUCUCAUGAAGAUAUAAGCGGAAUGCACUUUCUAAUAGCUCUUGGUAAACUAUUGAAAAAUGGAUCAGGACAUUCUAUUGGAAUACAGAGUGGAGUGGCUCAUCUUAGAAAAGUUAUUCACAUGUAUCCUAACAGUUGUUUGUUAAGGAACCUUCUAGGUUAUUUUUUGCUAUCUGGUGAAGAAUGGAAUGAUACUCACCUUGCUACUAGGUGCUGUAACGGGAAUGCUUCUUGCUCUCCAAUCGAUGGUUUGAAAACAGCAUAUGAAAUUGUUGGUGCUGGAGCAGUUGCUUGCUAUGCAAUUAGCAGUAAUAACCCAAUGUUUUCUUUCCCAACUUGUCAAAAUCAAUGUCUGAAUGAACUCGGAGCUAUCCCGCAACUGCAGAAAUGCUUGCGCCAAGAACCAUGGAAUAGGACUGUGAGAUAUUUACUUAUUCUUAAUUUACUCCAGAAAGCACGCGAAGAAAGAUUUCCUCGUAAUCUAUGUACUAUGCUCGUACGGCUAAUCUCUGUGGCUCUUUCAAAUGAAUGUUAUUCUGAGACUGAAGUGUCUUAUCAAUAUGAAAAAUUCCAACUUCUACUUUGUGCUUCUGAGAUCAGUUUGCAAAGUGGAAAUCAAAAUGGUUGUAUCAAGUAUGCCAAAGUUGCUUCAGCGAUUGCAAUUCCCAAUAGUUAUCUCUUUUUUGCACAUUUGCUUUUAUGCCGUGCCUAUGCAUCGGAUGGUGAUAUUAUGAACCUUAAAAAAGAGUACUUAAGAUGUUUGGAGUUGGAGACGGAUUGUGAUAUUGGUUGGAUUUGUCUAAAAAUGAUUGAAGCACAAUAUACUUUGCAAAAUGGUUCGAAUAUCUUAGAGCUGUACAUUAAAGAUUGGGUAGUGGGAGAGAAGAAAUCAUGGAAUGCUUGGAUGGCUCUAUAUAAUCUAGUGCAAGGUUUGAUUGCCAUACAGAAGCAGGAUCUUCCUUCAGCGAAGGAGUUUCUCGAACAAGCUUGUACAUUGGCAAGUGCUGAAAGCUGCCUCCAGUUCUGUUAUGGUGCCACCUGUUUAGAACUUGCCAAGGAGGGGUGUGAUUCAGAGUUGUUAUCGUUUGCAAUUAGGAGUCUUACUAAAGCUAAAAAAGCUUGUGUUACUACUAUUCCUCUACCUAUCAUCUCAGCAUUAUUGGCACAAGCUGAGGGAAGCCUUGGCUCUAAAGAGAAGUGGGAGAAAAACUUGCGCCUGGAAUGGUAUACUUGGUCACCAGAGAUGAGGCCUGCAGAGCUUUUCUUCCAAAUGCAUUUGCUUGCAAAAGAAUCGAAAGGUGGACCAAAAUCUUCUUCCAAUGUGGAGUACUGUCAGAGUCCACUGAGAUGGGUUCUCAGGGCUGUUCACACUAAUCCUUCUUGCAUGCGAUAUUGGAAGGUGUUGCAGAAGCUACUUGAUUAAUAAUUUACCUGCCUUUGUAGCUCAUCAACUUUAACACAAUCUCAUUCUCAUCAUGUUUAUGUAAAUUAUUACAUGUUUUUGUAAAUUAUAUCAUACUCUGUCUCUGUUUUGACCAAUCGCCAUGGAAGUUUUCACAGCUAUAAAUACGUAAACACAGCUCUACUUUUUCUA